UCCACUGAUGCAUGAAGUCCCAGAGCGCCAAGGCAGCAGCACAGACAGUUCUGCAAGCAGUUUGGGAAGCUCUGUCACAGCAUGUAAGAAGAUUCUCUGCAGUAACAGUCUGCUAGAAUCAACAGACUACUGGCUGCAGAAUCAGAGGACACCAUGCCAAAUUGGCUUUCUAGAAGACAAGUCAGAAAGCAACUGUGCGUCAGUUUGUUUUGUGAAUUUAGAUGCCAACAGAGAUGAUUGCAGUGAUGAGCGAGUGAAACAGAAGUUGAUCAGUGUGUCACCCAAUCUCCCCAAACUCAUCAGUUCAAUGAAUGUACAGCCACCAAAGGAAAAUGAAAUCGUCCUGCUGAGUGGAUUGACCUCAGGAAACCUGCAGGCUGAUUAUGAGGUUCCUCAGUGUCCUUGGCUGGCAGAUGUCUGCUUGGUUCAGUGUGCGAGGGGGGACAGGAGGAACAGCGCAAGCUGCAUCAUUUUUGAAAUAAACAAGUUUCUGAUUGGACUUGAGCUCGUUCAGGAGAGGCAGCUGCAGACAGAAACUCGUGUCCUAAAGCCUGAGGAUGACACAAACUGCUCUGUGUCCUCAAUAGAAGAAGAUUUCCUCACGGCCUCUGAGCACCUUGAGGAUGACAACGAGGCUGAUGAAUAUAAAACUGGUCAUGAAAAAUUAAAUGUUUCAGAAGCAUCUUCAGAUGUCAAAAAAAAUAAAGGAAAGGGAUUUGAAAACAUUCACUAUAGAAAAGCUAGGUUGCCACUCAUUCUUGAAGGGAACUGCAUUAGUAAAGAUAAUGCAGCUACUCAGGUCUCUGAAACUGUGAAUGUUCUAUCUGAAGAUGGCAUCUCACGACAUGAAGAUAAAUCAGACAAGGAAAUGCCGUGGCAGAAGGAAUUAGCUGAAAAAGGUACUUCAUCAUUUAGUACUACUGAUUUGACUGGUGGAGUAGAAAACUCAGCACUCAUGUUAGAAGAUGUAUCUGUAACCAAAAUGGCUAAAGAGGAGCUGGAGCCUCGGGGUGACCCCACAAGGAAACACAGCAGCAAGACACAUGAGGAAGAUUGUGCAGGUAUCAGGAAAACUGAUCCUCCCUCCCAGAAUGAGCAGGCGACCACAGGUCAGUACGCCACAAAUUUAGCAGAAUCGGUUCUGCAGGAUGCUUUCAUUAGACUGUCACAGUCUCGACCCAGUUUCAGUGAGGAGGCUGCAGUCAGCAUCUCUGUAGGAGGCUCCUGUAAGUCAGAAGAUGGAUCUGCUUCCCGAUCAUGGAAUGAACUCCCAAAGAUUGUCAUAGUGCAAAGUCCAGACAGUUCUGAGAAUGUCCCAGACUGGCCAGGGUCUGCCUUCCCCAGCCUGGGCCACUGGGCUGAGGCAGAAAGCUCUGCUGAAGUUUCAGAUGACUUUGAGGAAGAACAUUCAGAUGGACACGACCAAAGUGCACUGGAAGUGGCUCUGGCUUGUGCAGCCACUGUCAUUGGAACCAUUUCCAGUCCCCAGGCUGCAGAAAAAUUCCGCCGGGACCAGGAAGUGGCAGACUCCAGAAGUGGAGUGGUUGCUAAUGCAGAGGUGCACGCAGCAUCCUCCCAGCUCCUGGGUGACUGUGCUGCCACGGAAUACUCCUUCCCAUCUGCACUCUGUGGCAUGACUCAAGUAGCAAGUGCUGUGGCCAUCUGUGGCCUGGGGGAAACGAAGGAAGAGAAGUACCCUGCAAUUUCCAGUGGACUUCUGUCUGCUGCUCAGGCCUCUGCAGCCAUUACCCUGCAUUGCAGCUUAGCUGUUGGGAGCAGCAUGGAGAGGCUGAAUGAGAGCAUUGCAGAGGCGCUGCUCAAAGAGGCAUCUGUAAUUCUGACAAAACCCAACACAUACAAAAAUGUAGGGCAUUUUAUGGAAUGUAUAAACGGGAAAAUUAUUGAAACAGCAGCAAGACCACGUAUUCCACGCACUGAUGGAGUAAUCAGGGAUGAACUUGCACAAAACUUAUCCAACAUUAUUCUACGACAUUCUAUGGAAGAGGUUAGGAAAAAGAGACAGCUACAAGCCCAUUCAGAGGAUGGCUCAAGUAUACAAGACAUUUUCACAGAGACUGCAAACGAGUUGCUUUUUAAUGUAAUAUAUUUCACUUGCAAGAAGAUGAACGACAUAAGGCAAGUUGAAGAGUGUUCUCCUCUCUUUUCCGAGGGCACAAAAGGAGAGAAAGUAACAAGAGCAGAAGGAUGGCCAACACUGGCAACAGCAUGUGAAACUUCACACAGCCCCCUUGAUCAGUCUGCUACUAAGCCAUUCGGUACAUCCUACAGCAGCAGUACUAGCAAAGACCUUGAAAAGGUCACAAGCACUUGUGAGAGUAAUAUCAAAGAUGUAAAUAGCAAAGAAGGUUCCACACUGAAUUCAGAACCAAGUGGAGAUACAGGGCAUUACACACUUGGUGCAAAAACAUCUCCCAAGAAGAGAUACCUGAAAAGAACUGCACGAGACUGUUAUAAAUCCCCAAAUCAGAGCAACAAUCAGCAGAAGAAAGACUACAGAUCAUUUUCAGACAGAGAAAAUACCUUUGCAAACAGUGAAUGCAGGCACGGUGUUCAAGAACAGCUGUCUUCCAGUGCCACCAUAAAUACAGAAAACCAAGCCAAGAUUAAGUGUGAUUCUGUGCUAAAUAAUGAUAUUCAACUUAGCUUGUCUUUGUUAGGAAACCAUGGCUUGCUUCCUUCUCAGCCUUCGCUACAGGUGAAAAAUACAAGGGACAAAUAUUGUAUAACAGACUUUGCAGAAGAAUUGGCAGAAACAGUUGUCUCUAUGGCAACAGAAAUAGCUGCCAUUUGUCUAGAAAAUUCAAAUGGCAAGCAACCCUGGUUCUGUGCAUGGAAGAGAGGCAGUGAAUAUCUGGUGACCCAGAGUUUAUCAUGCAGAACCAUGAAAAGGAAGAAGGAAACCCACACCAAUGGGUCUGUGGUUCGGAAGCACAGGGCACCUCGGCUUAGUGAGAUCAAAAGGAAAACAGAUGAGCAUCCUGAACUAAAGGAAAAAUUGAUGAAUCGGGUAGUGGAUGAAUCUAUAAACCUUGAGGACACACCAGAUUCAGUCAAUCUCUUUGCAAAUGAAGUGGCUGCCAAGAUCAUGAACCUCACCGAACUCUCCAUGGUCGACAGCAUCUGGCAAGGUCCAAACCACCCCAGGAACAGACUGCACUGUGAAAGGUGGAGCCGAGCCAAGGCCUCAAGCUGUGAGAGCAUACCAGAGGAGGACUCAGAUUCCAAAGCCUCUUUCAAUACCCUGGGCCUCAUGAACAGCUUUGGUCAUUCUCUGAGCCAGACAAGUUCUGUCUCAAAGCAGUCUAGUUGUGAAAGCAUUACAGAUGAAUUUUCAAGAUUUAUGGUGAACCAGAUGGAAAACGAAGGAAGAGGUUUUGAUUUAUUACUGGAUUAUUAUGCAGGGAAAAAUGCAAACAAUAUCUUAACUUCUGCCUUGCAGCAGGUAGCCAAGAAAAAUGGCCAUCUUAAUGUAAGACCAAGUUGCCCAUCCAAACAAUCCAGCACAGAAAGUAUAACAGAAGAGUUUUAUAGGUAUAUGCUGAGAGAAAUCGAAAAGGAAAAUAAAGAUAAUCCUUCAUCCUCUCAGAAUUCAAAGGACUGGUGUGGCAGCUUGCUGGCACCCUCUCUCCGGUCACCUUUCUGCUUCAGGCAGUCAUCAAUGCCUGACAGUAGAUCCUCAGGCUCUAGGCUCACAGUGAACAUCCCAAUUAAAGCCAAUUCCUUAGAUGGGUUUGCCCACCACCGCCAGGAUUCCUUGAGUGUGCAGCCUGUCAGUACUGUGGCUUCUGCAGGGCUCUGCAAGUCUGACUCGUGCCUGUACCAGAGGGGCAAGACUGACCAGAUCACAGACAUGCUGAUCCACGAGACCUGGGCCAGCUCUAUCGAGUCUCUGAUGCGCAAGAACAAAAUCAUAGCAGAUUUUGAGGCAGAGGCUACAGAGGCAGACCAGUUUUACAGUGAUUCUCCACCACAUGUGGAACAAUAUGCAAAAAGACUGGCUGCAAAUAUUGUUGAAAGUGGUAAAAGUUUAAUUGUUGUCCAGCAGGACUCCUUUGAUUAUACAAGCCGAGAGCACGUGCUGGAAAGCAAACAUCCCCAAAGCACAACCCAGAUACAGCCCAAACCCAAAAUGGAGGAAGUAAAUUUGGAUGAGAAAAAAGAACACGUGAAGAGCUCUGGAAGCCUCCCUGCAGGACAGCUCAGGGAAGUGCCUUUAAUUCAGAUAGAAAGUGAUCAACGAGAUGAGCCAGAUAAAGACUCAGAGUCAGCUUCAUGUGGCCCAUCUGGAAAGGGGCAUCAAAGCAAAGAAAAGCCUCCAGAAGCUCUGGAUGGGAAACACAUGGUUUCCAGUUCCCCAGUAAAUAGCUUGGUUGACUUUAAUGAGCAGCAUUGGCUGAGGAUUGGUGGCACCAGUUUGUUUGCCUAUAUUACAAUAUCAAUGUGCUUCCCCUAUCACCCUGCCAGCACCAGUCCUCAGAGCAGAUCGGAUGCUGAAAUCAUAGGAGACACGAAGGCAGCUGAAGAAUUCCCAGCCCAUCUGAGCAGCAGUGAAGAAAGCACUGGCAGCUGGUCCCAGCUUGCCAACGAUGAGGACAAUCCUGAUGACACCAGCAGUUACCUGCAGCUCAGCGAGCGCUCCCUGAGUGAAUUAGUAGAAGAAAAGGUUUUCCUUAAAGAACAGACAGAAAACACUGAGGAAAGUACUUCUGAGCUUUCAGUGGGAACAGCCAACUGUCAAAAGGACCUCCUGGUGAUAAACUUUGAUCUGGAACCAGAGUGCCCCGACGUGGAGCUGCGAGCUACCCUGCAGUGGAUAGCUGCUUCUGAACUUGGAAUUCCAACUAUCUAUUUUAAGAAAUCUCAGGAAAACAGAAUUGAAAAGUUUCUAGACGUGGUGCAGUUAGUUCAGCGGAAGUCCUGGAAAGUGGGGGACAUCUUCCAAGCCGUGGUGCAGUACUGCAAGCUCAGCGAGGAGGGCAGAGGGAGCACACCCAGCCUGUUUGACUGGCUGCUGGAGCUGGGUUAACAAGCUUUGCUGGUUCAGCUUUUCUGUUUUGUUCCAGUUUAAAUAAGCAGUGGUUUGUGUAAUGCUCUGAUUUCUGAACAUCACUGAAUAAAGUGUGCAAAGAUGUACAAACUCUACAAGAACAGCACAAGUCCGUGCCACAACUGACCCAGGAGCAAAGUGAACCCGAAUUUAUUGUGUCUUUCUGUGUCAUGAGGGACUCUUGACAUGUUGUGCUAUAGGAUGCACUGUGCUAUGAGGGGAUGGAUUUUUUGCCUUUUGAAUUAAUGAACUACACAGUAAAGGCUUAAUUAUCGACUAUAUUCAAUUUUCAUCAAUUUGAUUAGGGUAAAAUGAGAUAGUACCCUAACAUCCAGUUUUAAAACAUCACUGAUAUUUGUACAGUUUAACUGUUAGAAGUAGAGUGUGUUUCAGAAUGCCUGGAGACACCCUUGUCCCUAGAUAAGUAGAAUUUAUGGGUUUUUGAAAUCCCCAUAAUCUGCUAAGGUGUAAAAAAGCUUUUGAACACGUAACACCUUUGCAGUUAGACAAGACAAUAAAAA